CCCCCCCCCCCCCCCCAGGUGGACAUGAGGAGCCCUCCAGGCUCGGGCCGCUGAGGUCAGAGUUCAAGUGCUUGUUCCAGCAGUCAUGGCUGACACGGAGGGGCUGCCCAUGGCCCCGGGCCAGAUCUACAUCGAGGUGGAGUACGACUACGAGUAUAAGGCAAAGGACAAGACGGUGAUCAUCCGCCAGGGAGAGUGCUACAUGCUGGUGAAGAAGACCAAUGAGGACUGGUGGCAGGUCAGGAAGGAGGAGGGCAUGAAGGCCUUUUACGUGCCGGCGCAGUACGUCAGGGAGGUGCGCCGAGCGCUCUUGCCCCCCCAGAAGCCCACCUUGAGGGCCAAGCCCACCGUUUUGGAUAUCUGCCGGUUAUCCAAUGAAAACCUCAACAGACCCCAGCCGGAAAUGUCCAGCUUUGGGCUGCCGUCGCCUUCCUCUACCCCGUCGCCGUCCUCUGAUCGCGUUGCGCCGCAGGUUCUGUCCAAGGAUGCAAACCAGAACCCGGGGAGUCCCCAUCACUGCAAGGUGGUAGCUGAACUGGUACUUCUUCACAACAACAACAACCAUCACCACGCCAACAAUUCCACGUUGCCAAGGACACGGGCAGACUCGCCUCCUCUAAAAAUGGGGAACAACCACAACAAAAGCCCAGACAGUGACAAGGCGUCCCCACCGAGCGACCUGCCGGGAGAUCGCCUGAACAAGCUCCACAAUGACUCGGAGUCUGGGGACGAGCUGAGCAGCAGCUCAACAGAACACAUGCAGACAACAUCCCCUACAGGUCCGGGCCGGUCCGAUUCGCCGGUCUACACCAACCUGCAGGAGCUGAAGAUCUCUCAGUCCAGCUUGCCGCCUGUCCCCUCCAGCUCCCCUCUCCACAUCUUGGGCGACUGGGAGACCCACAAAGACCUGAGCGGCAGGCACUUCUACUACAACCGCGCCAGCGGAGAGCGGACCUGGAAGCCCCCGCGCACCAGGGACGCCAGCGGCAGCACCAGCAGUAUCCGAGGAGACAGCCAGGGCACAGCGGAGAGUGAGCCGCUGUCCUCAGAGGAAAACUGUCACAGCACCAACUCGAGUCAGUCUGACAGCCAGUACGGGUCCUCCCCGAGAGGCUGGUCUGAGGAGCUGGAUGAACAUGGACACACACUCUACGUCUCUGAAUACACACAGGAGAAGUGGAUAAAACAUGUGGAUGAACAAGGUCGGCCCUACUACUACAGCGCCGAUGGAUCCAGGUCAGAAUGGGAACUGCCCAAGUACAACAUGUCCCCUCAAUCCGGCGAGGUUCCCAAGAGUCGCAGUCUGGAGAGGAAGCAGCAGGAUCCCAUCGUCCUCACCAAGUGGAGACACAGCACCUACGUGUUAGACCUCAACGACAAGGAGUGUGCUCCGGUGCCCAAGCAGAGCUCUCCAGACUCUGACUCCUGUCCCUCAUCUCCUAAGCACCUGUCGACCCCCUCGGAGAAGUGCGGGGUCCUCAAUGUCACCAAAAUCACAGAGAACGGAAAGAAAGUCAGAAAGAACUGGACCUCCUCGUGGACAGUGCUGCAGGGUUCCUCCCUGCUCUUUGCAAAGGGUCAGGGGGGCAGCACCAGCUGGUCAUACUACCGCAGUGGCUCCAUCCCUGAGCUGCUCCUCACUCUCCUUAGCAACUGGAAGCGCUCAGUCAAGCCCCGUCCUGCUGUCUCCUAUGUGAACUGUAGUCCUGUGCAGGCGGCCGCUAAGUUUGGGAGCAACCAGUCAAAGCCUGAGUUUACUGUUGAUCUGCGAGGGGGGUCCGUGGAUUGGGCAUCCAAGGACAAGUCCAGCAAGAAACACGUCAUCGAGCUGAAGACUCGUCAAGGGACAGAGCUGCUGAUCCAGUCAGAGAUCGACAGCGUCAUCAACGACUGGUACCGGGCCCUCACAGAGACCAUCAACACACAUGCCUGGGAGUCAGACGAGGCCAUUGAGGAGGACAUGCCCGAGUCUCCAGGCGCUGAGAAACAAGACAAAGAGAAAGACCACCGGGACUCAAAGAAAAACAGAGUGAUGAAGACGUCUGUGAGUAUGGACUCAUCAGACCAGAAGAAAACCAGGUUGAAGCUUAAGAAGUUCCUGACCCGUCGACCCACCUAUCAGGCUGUCCGAGACAAGGGAUAUAUCAAAGAUCAGGUGUUUGGUUGCAGCCUGAGCAGUCUGUGCCAGCGGGAGAACACAUCCGUACCCAACUUUGUCACGAUGUGUAUCGACCAUGUGGAGAACACAGGUCUCAGUAUUGAUGGCUUAUACAGAGUGAGCGGGAACUUGGCAGUGAUCCAGAAGCUCCGCUUUGCUGUGAAUCAUGAUGAGAAGGUGGAUCUGAAUGACGGUAAGUGGGAGGACAUCCACGUCACCACGGGAGCUCUCAAGAUGUUCUUCAGGGAGCUUCCCGAGCCUCUCUUCACAUACGGGUCCUUUGACGACUUUGUCGACGCCAUCAAAUGCUCCGACUACAAGCAGCGAGUGAAUUCAAUCAAAGACUUAAUAAAGAAGUUGCCAAAACCCAACCACGACACAAUGCAAGGCCUCUUUCAACACCUGCGGAGGGUGAUUGACCACGGGGAGGCCAACCGCAUGACCACCCAGAGCGUGGCCAUUGUGUUCGGACCCACGCUGCUCCGGCCCGAGACCGAGACGGGCAACAUCGCGGUCCACAUGGUCUACCAGAACCAGAUAGUGGAGCUCAUACUGCUCGAGUACGAAAGCAUCUUCGGCAGGUAGAAAGCACCCCGUUUAAAAAAGGGAUGCUGGGCUUCUUCAAAACACAGACUUCUUUUUUUCCCCCUCCCCCUCUUUUCUUUGACUAAACUGAACAUUGCUGUGGACCAAGCAGUUGUGGGAGAAUUUAACCUUCAUUGACAGGACAGUUUAUGGAAGUGAUGCACUUAUAGUUUUGAAGAUUAAAAAAAAGAAAUAAAAAAGGUGUACAGAUUUCACUUGCUUUUUCAGUUGCCAUUCCUGCUCCGAGUAGCAGGCCGGACAACAGACAGUGUUUCAGAGUGAUGACGUGUGGACGUCCGUGUGAUUUGGUGGAUUCGAGCAUUCAGGUGUUUUCAUAUACACUGGAUCCCUGUGGCCAGUAAUUUACAUCGGUGGAACUCUUCGCCUUCUGGUGGAAACCGACCACGCUUUGGAUCAGGGGAGGGGGGUUCACAUGGCAUUAACCAGCCAAAACCAGCAACCUCAUCACCUCGCUGAAGGAAAUGAGCUGAACCUGAACUGAAGAGGUUUUCUGUGUUGUGGAGCGUUGUUUGUGAUGUAUAAGCCCUGUGUGGUUAUGGAUCAGGUGGGAAAAAAUAAUAAUCAGUGUUAUGUUAACAGACUGUCAUUUGGCACUUGGAUGAACUGGAUCAUGUUCCCAACUCACCUUAGCAACACCAUCACCACCCAUCCCUCACCCCCCUUUUAGCCAGUGUUAACCAUUAACCCUCUGAUAAUGAGCGUCCUGUGACCUGAAUGAUGGAGGACAAGCCGUGUGUGUGUGUGUGUGUGUGUGUGUGUGUGUCUGUGUGUGUGUGUGUGUGUGUGUCUGUGUGUGUGUGUGUCUGUGUGUGUGUUCACCUAAAUGGAAUUAAACCUGAGCAGAAGCAUCCUCGUCUUGCCACUUUGUACAAACUGUGUGUUGUGUAGUCUUACGUGCUUUGGUCAAGUUUCCGUUAAGCUGCCGGCGGUCAUCGUUUUAUCAACUUCAGUGUUGGUUUCUUCAGUGGCAGGAAACGUCACAGAGGUCCUGGCGUUACUGGAAAAAAAAGAAAAAGUGGAUUUGUGGGGACUGCAUUGUUACCAAUUGUAGAUGAAUUGUCACUGUCGGUUUGAUGAGUCUUCUCUUCACCUAAGCUAAUAUUAAAAAGUAUUCAGAGAAGGGAAAACGGUACUGAAAAUAUUUCAAAGGUUGAUGAAUGGGAGUGUAUGGCUGUUAAAAUGCAAAGGAGAGCCUUCAAAAACAUUUCAGAGCAUAUUUACAGUGAAAGAAACUAGUUGUUAAAAUGUGUUAUAGUGACUGAGGUAUGUAUGCUUUGAUGGUGAAUUAGUGAAAGAUGAUUUAGAUUUCUUUUGUAAAUUUGAAUUAAAACAUGACAAUAAGUGGAUUGUGGAAAAAAAAAACAUAUGAUCGACUGUUACUUUUGUUUGAAGGUGUAUCUGGAGUGUUUGCGCAUGGUCAGCUGCACAUUUUGAAUGUAAUUUUCAGGCUAACUGCUGUUGUGAAACUGCUAUGUCUAAUAAAAAAGACAAACUAAA